AUGAAUGCUGCAAGAGUUUUUCAAUACUCUCCAGGAAAGAAGGCAUACGCAGCAAGAAUUCCUAGAGGCAAAGUAAUAGGAAGGAGGUGGCGAAUUGUGAGAAAACUUGGUGAAGGCGGAUUUGGAGCAGUGUAUAAAGUCGAAGACAUUAACAAUAAUGAAUACGCUGCUCUCAAAGCAGAGGCAAAUAGAGAAGGAGGUGUUCUGCGAUUGGAGGCCAUGAUUCUUCGGCGUAUGGCGGGAAAGCCUCACGUUGCACAACUUCUACAAAGUGGCAAAAAAGAGUUAUAUUCGUAUAUAGUAAUGACAUUGCUCGGAGAAAGUUUAGACGAAAUUUUCAGGCAAAUCAACAAGGUAUGUACAGUUUCUACACAAGUACGCAUCGGGAUAAAUAUUCUGUUCGGAAUCAAACAAAUACAUGAUGUCGGCUUCAUUCAUCGGGACUUGAAACCUGCAAAUGUAGCACUUGGCCACAAAUCCUCAGCGGAAAGCCGAUUUCUUCAUAUAUUUGAUUUUGGUCUAGCUAGAGAGUUCAUUGUCACAGAUGCGGAUGGAAGAACAAAAAUGCGACGACCAAGACCAUGUGUGCAUUUUAGAGGUACUAUACGUUACUGCUCCGCUAAUGUACAACAGAGAGGUGAGCAAGGUCGAAUGGAUGACCUGUGGUGUUUACUUUACAUAAUGGCUGAACUUCGAACACCUCUCCCCUGGGCAAGAGUUCGGGACAGGGAGAGAGUACUGCGGUUAAAAAAGGACACUGAAUUGGAACACCUCCUAGAAAACAGCCCAGUGGAGUUGAUAUCUUUUGCAGAACAUCUAAGCAUCCUCAAUUACUACCUACGUCCGGAUUAUGCAUUACUAUACCGUUUGCUCGAGCAAGUGAUGAAUGCUGGAAAGAUUAAAUUUUCUGACCCAUACGAUUGGGAGAAGCGUGGGCCAGCAUCGCGAGAAGCAUCUACUGGUUUCGCGUCAACAUUGCAGAUCAAAAGCGAUGAAAUAAAAACGGCAUCUCAAAAUUCAAUGCAAAAACUAAUGCCAUCAGGAAUGCAAGAAACAUAUUCAGAGGAUCAUGAUCCGCACAACCCUUUCCCUGCAGACUUCUUUUCGUUCGAUCCGUUAGGAUUUUAA